GACAAAAGUGCCGCUUCACUGCUCUCACGAUGAUACAUUAGUUAAUUAAAGCAUUUUUACAAUUAUAAAUAAUUAAUAUAAACAUGUAUGAUCGAGCUCCGAGGUUCACACAGCUGACACUAAGCAGCACUACGUCUGAAAUUGGACCGGGAACUUAUAAUAUCAACAGAUCUCUCGGCGGGGACAGAGGUUCAUAUGCUCCAUUCCUGUCUCUGUCCAUCAGAGAUUCUGGGUUUCUGGGGUCAGCCAGUGCUCUACACUCUCCUGGUCCAGGACAGUACAACUCUGACAUUACCAGGAAUCAUGUUUUGGGAGGGAACAGCCUUCAGAAUCGCUCCAAGAGGUUUGAUGACGUACUGUCGGACGUGCCUGGUCCAGGAGCGUACAAUGUGACGAAUGAUGUUUUACCUGCAAGGAAAAUAACAGCCAAAAGCCCAAAGAUCACUUCUAAAGCUGUUAGGCCAUCGUUGAGUCCUGCUGCUCCCUCUAUCCCAUCUCCAGGACAGGCGUUCGGGUAUGAAGAAGAUGCUCAAGGUGUCCUGCAUAAACACAAAGUGCCCAGCAGAGACCACAGCCUCGGCCCGGCCUUUUACAGCCCUGCACCGGAGGAGCUGUGGUCCUCUCAGAAGUAUAAAGGUGUGCAGUUUGGGAAGAUGUCUGGCAGAAGAGAGCAGCUGAAGGGUGCAGAUGAACCCGGACCGGGACACUAUGAGCUACAAGAGGAUCAGACUGUCCAAUAUGAGAAUGUGAAUGUGAAGCGAGAGCAAAGGAGCCGUUCAGAGCUCAGCAUCCCUCGAUACCAUGAACUGGUGCCCCUGCAGGAGGAGAAGAAGGGUGUUCCAGGUCCAGGGCAGUACUACAUAAAGAGUCAAUUUGAGACAUCCAGUAACACACACAGGCCUGCACAGAGCCCACCCUUCCUGUCUCAAGCUCAGCGGUUCAGUCCGGUCAAGGAUGAAACGCCCCCUGUAGGUGCGUACGAUGACCCGCGCUGUGCUCUGGAGAUCCUGAAGAAAGGCAGAGCGCUGAACAAGAAUCCUUUUGGCCAGACAGCUGUGCGAUUCCUUCCAGAAAACAGAUCGAAAGCUACUCCGGGUCCGGGUGCCUAUAACAUGUUUGGGUAUGGCCUGGCUCAGGAGAGUUUAAAGAAAGCCAGUCUACAGAGCUCCAGGAAGGCCGCCUUUGGCUCGGUUGCACAGCGGCGGAUUUUCCUCCCCAGCAAAGAGGAAAUGAGCACCCCGGGGCCGACUCAGUACAAGGUGCCAUGCAAUGCUUCCAGAAACCUGCACAACUUGAGUCCAGUCAUCAUGGACACGGUUUUGAAAGGCACCUUUAACGUAACCCUGCACAAUCCUCUGAUGUCCAGCACGAGAUCCCUGUCUUCACACAGGUCUUGGAGAAAACCCACAGCCCAUAGUAGUGCUUGACUCAGGUCACACACACACACACACACACACCUCUUUAUGGGUGAUAUAUUUCCCCAGCGUUCACGACGAAUAAAUCAGGAUUCUUUAA